GGGUGUUGUUCUCGCUUUUAAAUUCUCAUUUAUUUUUUAAUAAAUUAAUAAUUAGCCAUUAAGGAAUGUGCUUUUGUUUAUCUAAUAUCUUUCUUGAUUUCGGAUCUGGAAAAAAAUGUGUGCUAAAACUGAACGAAACUAGCCUACCAUUUUUUCCGGUUGUGAGGACCGUUAUUAAACGGGUAAUAGUAUGGUGUAGCACGCGUGGAGUUAUCAUAUUAGUUGUUGUUUCUUCUCAGAGUUUGCGGUUUCACCCUUUAUCUCUACAAAGCUUGGAACUUUAACUCAGUCACAAAAUGAAUUUUAACGUACAACCCUAGAUCUCAAGUCCAACAUUAAUUUGUUAUUCAUCUUAUAGGUUAUUACAUGUUAUUUAGCCUGUAGUUAAAGAAAACAUUUUGAGAAAGGUGCAUUUUUCUACCGCCGAAUUCAAGUUAAAGUACUAUAAUAUGUUAUAGUUUGAUGAUGUGACUAAAUUGUGGUCAUCACAGGGUGAGUUGGGCAGUAUGGCUACGGGCUCUGUUUCAUUGUUCCUGCCGUAGGGAAUUGCGACUGAUUAAAACAUUACAGUGCUGUGAGAGCAGGGUCGAGACCAAAGGUUCCAGCAGUGAGAAUAUUGAAAUAUUUCUGAGUUAAUGCUUCACUAGUGUCGAAGGACUCACCAGAAGAAAAGCCACCUGCUGCUAUUCAUUUGCAAUGUAAAUAAAGGUUUGCAUGGAGCUUGAGACGAACUGGUAACUGGGACGAGAUGCACAGACAAAGCGGAUCUUUCUGAGUAGAGAUGGCAGGGUAUGGCCAAAUGGGGGAGCUGACCGAGUACAAGAAGAGCCUCAUCAAGCGGGACCUGGAGAUGGGCAUUGUGAUGACGAUUUACCGCCAGAAGGUGGAGCGUCUGACAGUGCAGGUUAUCAUGGAGACCAGGCAGGUGGCCUGGAUUCGGACUGCAGACAAAACAGACGGUGUCUUGGACCUGCAUGAGAUCCGGGAAGUCCGGCCAGGCAGGAAGUGCAAAGACUUCGAACGUUCUAAAGAAAAAGAGCCUCCGGAGGAGACCUGCUUCACUAUCUUUUAUGGAAGCCAGUUCGUCCUCAACACGCUCAGCCUCAGCGCUCCGACACAGGAAGAUGCGGAGAAAUGGCUGACAGGGCUGGAACUGCUUCAGCAAGAAACUUUAGCUGCCCCGACACCCGAUAUCAUUGAAAGUUGGCUGAGGAAGCAGAUGUACUCUAUUGAUCAGACCAAGAAGAACAGCGUUUCCAUAAAGGAGCUGAAGUGUUUGCUGCCUCAGAUGAGUUUCAAGAUCCCUCAUGCACGCUACCUGAAGGACAAAUUUGCGGAGAUUGGAGCCAGGAAAGAUGUGCUGGACUUCGAGCAGUUUCACAAGUUCUAUAACAUCAUCAUGUUUGAAAACCAGAAGAGUGUCCUCGACAAGCUGAAGGAGUCCUGCACUUUUGUCAUGGGUAACACAGAUCGGCCAGACUCUUCCAUCGUCUCCCUGUGUGACUUCCAGAGAUUCCUUGUACACCAGCAAGAAGAGUAUUGGGCCCAAGAUUUGAACCAAGUGAGGGAGCUGAUGACCGUCUUUAUCGACGACACGAUGAGGAAAACUAAUGAGCCGGAGUUCACAGUCAGCGAGUUCCUCAGCUUUUUGUUCUCUAAGGAGAAUUCCAUCUGGGAUGAGAAGUUCUCAGAAGUGAACAACCUGGACAUGAACAAUCCGCUGUCGCAUUACUGGAUCAACUCCUCACACAACACGUACCUGACGGGCGACCAGCUCCGGAGCGAGUCGUCCCCAGAGGCUUAUAUACGCUGUCUGCGUAUGGGCUGCCGCUGCGUCGAAUUGGACUGCUGGGACGGAUCAAACAACGAGCCCAUCAUCUACCACGGCAAGACCAUGACGACCAAGAUCAAGUUCGAGGAUGUGGUGAAGGCCAUCAAUGACCAUGCCUUCGUAGCGUCUGAGUAUCCCGUGGUACUGUCCAUCGAGGAACACUGUUGCACAGAGCAACAGGACAAAAUGGCUGACAUCUUCACCAAGGUGUUCAAAGACAAGCUACUUACCAUUCCUGUGGAGCCCAUGGCCGACCAGCUGCCAUCCCCCGCACAGCUCAAGGGCAAGAUCAUACUGAAGCACAAGAAGCUGAGCUCUACAGACGAGCCGGUGCGACUAGACGAUCGAGGCAGUCAGCAGAAGGGCGACAAGCAGGGGAACCUCUACAUCUGGGAUCCUGUGGAUGAGCAAUGGAACCAGCACUACUGCAUGAUCUAUGGAGACAAGCUGUAUUACGCUGAGGAGUAUGAGCUAAAAUCUGAGAAGUCCACGAACCCCAAACAGCUGCACGACCAGGAGCCUUGGUUCCACGGGAGGAUGACGGAAGGCAGGCAGAUGGCGGAGCACCUCCUGCAGGAGUACUGUGCCGAGUCGGGGGGGCAUGACGGCACCUUCCUGGUGCGCGAGAGUAAAACCUACCUGACGGAUUACACCCUGUCCUUCUGGCGUAAAGGUCGAGUGCAACACUGCCGCAUCCGCUCCAGCAAUGAGGCCGGACAGACGUUCUUCUUCCUGACAGAGAACCUGCACUUCUCCAGCGUCUACGAGCUCAUCAUGCACUAUCGGGAGAACCCGCUGCGCUGCAUGGAGUUCGACCUGCGGCUCACUGACGCUGUGCCGCGCCCAAACCCGCACCUCGCCGAGGGCUGGUUCUACAGUAAUCUGAGCAGGGGGGAGGCGGAGGACAUGUUGAUGAGGAUCCCCCGUGAUGGAGCCUUCCUCAUCCGGCAGAGGGAGGACAACAACUCUGUCGCUAUCACCUUCAGGGGCGAUGGGGAAGUUAAGCACUGUCGUAUCGCGAAGGAGGGAAGCAAGUUCGUUUUGGGUAGUUCAACCGAGUUCGAGAGUCUGGUUGAUCUGGUCAGCUACUACCGCAAGAACCCACUCUACCGCAAGAUCAAACUCCGCUAUACAGUCACAGAAGAGCUGGUGAAGAGAUUCAGCCAGGAGCAAGACUGUGCAUCCAUCUACGAGAAGAAAGUGUAUGUGGAACCACAUGAGAUAGAACCACCAUCGGGCACAGUAAGGGCCCUGUACGACUACAGAGCCAUGAGGUCCGACGAGCUCACCUUCACCAGGGGCGCCCUGAUCCACAACGUCGCCAAGAACAUCAACGCCUGGUGGCAGGGGGACUAUGGAGGAAUGACUCAACUUUACUUCCCUUCCAACUACGUUGAGGAGAUGUCCAACAACAAAACGCCAGAACAGAGUGACCAGGCAACAGAGGACAAUCCCCUGGGACAGUUAUGUAAGGGUGUGGUCGACCUGACCAAGUGCAAUGUGAAGUCCGCCCAGGACAAGAAUGGCCGACCACACGUGUUCACGCUCACCUUCAAGGAUGACGAGAAUGUCACAUCCUUCGACAUCAGUGCCGACACCGUGGAGGACCUGUUCGAGUGGUACACGGCGGCGUGGGACGUCACACAGCGCACCAACAACGAAUUUCUCAAGAUGACACUGGAUAAGGAGAAUAAGAAGCGCAGCAGUCAGAAUACAGUCUCGAAAAAGAUGUCGGACCUGGUGGUGUACUGCCAACCCAGGAGCAAAGAUAAAGAGAGUUUCCAAAAAUACGACUACAAGGAGAUCCGCUCCUUCGUAGAGAACAAGAUCCCGCAGAGUGACGGCAAAGUAAACGACUUCCUGAAGUACAACCGCAAGGCCCUGAGCCGCAUCUACCCCAAGGGGCAGCGUGUGGACUCCUCCAACUAUGACCCCUUACCGCUGUGGAUCUGUGGCUCCCACAUGGUGGCGCUCAACUUCCAGACUGCGGACAAGUACAUGCAACUGAACAACGCCCUCUUCAGUCUGAACGGAAGCACUGGAUAUGUGCUCCACCCAGAGAUUCUGCGGUCUGAUAGCUUUAACCCAAAGCAGCAGCAGGACAAGAGAGGCAAAUACACCAUUAUUGUCAGAGUCAUAGCAGCAAGGCACCUGCCCAAGCCAGGUCGCAGCCUCACCAGCCCCUUUGUGGAGGUCGAGCUGUUCGGCCUUUACACCGAGGAGCGCAAGUUCAAGACCACUGUUUGCCCGGACAAUGGACUGAAUCCAGUGUGGCCAGCUCCUCCGGCGCCAGUCGAGUUCACCGUGUACGAGCCGGACCUCACCUUCCUGCGCUUCGUGGUCAAUGAGGAGGACAUGUUCUCAGACCCCAACUUCCUUGCGCAGGGAACCUUCCCCGUCAAGGGCCUCCGUUCAGGAUAUCGCUCCGUGCCUCUGAGAAACGGCUACAGCGAGGACAUUGAGCUGGCAUCACUGCUGGUCGACAUCACCAUAACGCCGGUCGGGAAAGUGGAAGAGGACCUCUAUUCAUCCUCCUGCCAACUGCGAAAGAGGCAGGCGGAACUGAGCAGCGAGCCGUUCCUAUACGACACCCACAGCAACCUGCACCGCUCUGCCCCCUCGCAUCACCGUGACGACGCGGAGCAGGGCGCAUCCAAUACCAAAGAGAGGACCAAGGAGAAAAAAGUCUGCAACAGCAAGUUCUAUUCGUGAGGACUGGAACGGUGGAGAAAAGAGACUCAAAGUGUCUGCUUGGAUCUUGACUUUGCUUAUUUCUGCGACUAAUAUUUUAUAUUUAUGCGGAUGGAAGUUAACCCACCAGGGUCAGUACACAGCAAAAUUUGAAGAACAGAGCAAAGCUCCAUAAAGGUUAUUUUGCAGUGCCUGAAGGCUUUGAAACAUUGUUUUCAGCAUUCCAAGUGUAAAAUCAGCUCUCUUAAUGAAUAAAUGCAAUUCUAACACUCUUAAGUUGUCAGCUAUGAUGUAUGCUAAAGAAAUCUUGUUUGGUAGUUGCCAGUGAUUAAAUAUCAAACUGAAUUUUGGCUAAAAA